UUUAAUGCCAUCUACUGAAGAUUAGUGCGCACUACACAAUUGAAGUUUUCGUGUUUCGUUUCCUCGUGUUUUUGUUUACGGUGAAGUGAAAAUUGUUCAAAAAUGAAAAUAAAAAAGAAGUCGAAUGCAGUGAGAGUCCCACCUCUGAAGAAAGCUAUAAAAGUUAAAAGAAGAUCGUCAGAUAUCGAAGGAGAAUCUACUGUAUCGAAGGCGUUGAGGAACGUACAGAAGGUUUUGGAGAAAAGUCCUCAGAGCUCGACGAAAACAGUUUCAAAAUCACAAGUUAAAUCACGUGGAUCCAAACCCACCAAGAAAGUAGUAAAAAGGAUAGGAGAAGGUAAAAGAGGAGUAGUCUAUUUGGGUCACAUUCCGCACGGAUUUUAUGAAGAACAGAUGAAAGAUUUUUUCACGCAAUUUGGGAAGGUAACGAAAGUGCGAGUUUCUAGGUCGAAAAAUACGGGUAAAAGUCGUGGUUAUGGAUACAUUGAAUUUCUACAUCAAGAUGUAGCAAAAAUUGCAGCAGAAUCAAUGAACAAUUACCUUAUGUGUGGUAGAUUAUUGAAAGCUACAUAUAUACCACCUGAGAAACAACAUUCACGCUUCUUUAUUGGAAACUCUUGGACAAAGGAUGUUUAUCCAAAGUCGAUAAACAGAGAGACUACAAAUAAAUUAAAAAAUACUAGGACGAAAAACCAGGCUAGCUUCAUCCAAAGUACACGGGACAAAUUGUCUGCUCUAGAACAGAAGUUGAAAGAUAGAGGUGUUGAUCUUAAAUUUUCUCCAGCAAGUGUUGUAAAGACAUAACGAGUGAUAAAUACCUUUAAUAUUAUUUCUAUAAUUACAGCACAAGAUUUAAACUUAAGUAUUAUAGACAAACGUAAUUAUUUUGUAUAAAAUAGUAUUUACAGUUACACAUUAAUAUAAGUUCCCUCAGGUUCGAGAAAAAGAAA